GCAGGCAGCGUGCAGUACCCGCAGCGAGCGCUCGACGCGUAGUCAUCUCUUGCCACUCACUCUCACUAGAUUAGACAAAAACAAUGCCGCCCAAGAACAAGGGAAAGAAGGGAAAGAAGGGAGACGACGAUGACUUCUGGGCCGAGAAGGAGAAGGCCUUCGACUCCAAGCUCGCCACGCCGGCUGACGACGGAGACGUCAACAAGCCCUCGGCUUUCGACGCGCUCGACGAUGACGAGGAGCAGGGAGGCUUGAUGGCCAUGAUCUCUGCAGCCAAGAACAAGAAGAAGGACAAGAAGAAAAAGGCCAACACCUUUGCGCUCGACGACGAUGACGAGGAGCACAAGCCCGCCGGUAUCGAGGAGGCUCCCGUCAACUACGACGACGAGUGGCCCGAGGAGGACGUCAAGCCCAAGAAGGGCAAGAAGGGCAAGAAGGCCAAGCAGCAGGUCGUCGAGGACGAGGACGAGGAGGAGCAAAAGCCUGCUGGUAUCAUCGAGGAGGCCCCCGCCAACCUCGACGACGAGUGGCCUGAGGAGGACGUCAAGCCCAAGAAGGGCAAGAAGGGAAAGAAGGGAAAGCAGCAGCAGGUCGAGGACGAAGACGACGACGACUUCCUGGAGAAGGCCGCCGCCGAGGCCGCCGCUGCCAAGGCUGCUGCUGAGGCUGCCGCCAAGCCCGCACCUGCACCCGAGGCCGCCGCCGACGAGGAUGAGGACGACGAGGAGGGUGGCGGCAAGAUCUUGGGCAAGAAGGAGAAGGAGAGACUCAAGAAGGAGAAGGAAAAGGCCAAGAAGAAGGCUCAGGCAGCCAAGAAGAAGGCCGCUGCCGCCGACGAGGCUCCUGAGGCUCCCGAGCCCACGCCUGCGGCUGCCGCUGAGCCCGCCGCCGAGGCCGAGGACGACGAGGAUGGCGACGACGCUGGCGCCGGCGCUUCCAAGAACAAGAAGAAGAAGAAAAAGCCCGCCGCCAAGGCUGCUCCUGAGCCUGCGGCCCCGGCCAAGGGCAAGAAGGUGCCCGCGCACAUUCUCGCCAUGCAGGCUGCCGUCGCCGAGAAGAAGCGUCUCGAGGAGGAGGCCGAGCGCCAGCGCCAGGAGGAGAUUGCUCGCAUCGAGGCCGAGGAGGCGCGUAUCGCCGAGGAGGAGCGCGUUGCCCUUGAGGCUAAGAACGCGAAGAAGGAGAAGGAGAAGCUGAAGAAGGCCGAGCUCAAGGCCGCCGGCAAGCUCCUCACUCCCAAGCAGAAGGCCGAGCGUGCCGCCGCCGAGGCCCGUAAGCAGGCUCUCCUUGCCUCUGGUGUCACCGUCGCCGCCCUCCAGGACGGUGGUGCCACCGCUGCCAAGCGUCCGACGUACGGCAAGAAGAAGCCCGCCGGCAAGCAGCAGCAGGCCAAGACGCCAUCGCAGCCCGCCACCCCCGCCGAGCCCGCCACGCCUCCCCCGGCCAAGGUUGAGGAGAAGAAGGCCGACGACGAUGAGGACGACUGGGACAAGUCGGACACUGAGGUCGCUGCCGCCACUGCCGGUGUCAAGGACCUCAAGGUCGACGACAAGAAGGAGGAGUCGGAGGACGACUGGGACAAGUCGAGCGAGGACGAGGCCCCCCCACCUCCCAAGGCCGCGCCAAAGGCUGCCGCUCCCGCUGCCAAGGCUACCCCUGCGGCCAAGGCCGCUCCUGCUCCUGCGGCCAAGGCCGCCCCUGCUACCAACGGCAAGGCCGCUGCCAAGGAGGAGUCCGAGUCCGAGGAGGAGUCUGACGAGGAGUCUGACGAUGACGACGAGUCCGACGACGACUCGGAGGACGACUCGGACGAGGAUGACUCUGACGACGACUCUUCGGAGGACGAGGUCGAGGCCGCCAAGGAGCGUGCGCGUGUCGCCAUUGCCAAGCGUCGCAAGGCUGCCGAGGCCACCCAGGACAAGACCGACCUUCGUUCGCCCAUCUGCUGUAUUCUCGGUCACGUCGACACUGGUAAGACCAAGCUGCUGGACAAGAUCCGUCAGACUUCGGUCCAGGAGGGUGAGGCUGGUGGUAUUACCCAGCAGAUUGGUGCCACCUUCUUCCCCAAGGAGGCUCUUAUCGAGAAGACCGAGGCCGUCAACAAGGACGGCAGCGUGGACGUCAAGAUCCCUGGUCUCCUUAUCAUCGACACGCCCGGCCACGAGUCGUUCACCAACCUCCGUUCUCGUGGUUCGUCGCUGUGUAACAUUGCCAUCCUCGUCAUCGACAUUACCCACGGUCUCGAGCCCCAGACCAUUGAGUCGAUCAACAUGCUCAAGAUGCGCAAGACACCGUUCAUUGUCGCCCUCAACAAGAUCGACAAGCUCGACGCCACCGAGUGGAAGAUCACCAAGGACGCCGGCUUCCGCGACACUCUGGCCAACCAGUCGAAGCGUAUGCAGCGCAUGUUCGAGGACCGCCUCCAGCACGUCAAGGUGCUCCUCAUGGAGCAGGGUCUCAACUCGGAGGUCUACGACCAGAACCCCAACCCUGGUCGUAUUGUUUCGAUUGUCCCCACUUCGGCCGUCACUGGCGAGGGUGUCCCCGACCUUCUCGCCCUGCUCGUCAAGCUCACUCAGGAGCGUAUGACGGGUUCGCUCAUGUACCUCUCCGAGCCCGAGGCCACCAUCCUCGAGGUCAAGGUUAUUGAGGGUCUCGGUACCACCAUCGACAUUGUCCUUGUCAACGGUUUCCUCAAGGAGGGUGACACGAUUGUCUUGUGUGGCAUGAACGGACCAAUCGUCACCAAUGUUCGAGCGCUCCUCACACCACAGCCCAUGCGCGAGUUGCGCAUCAAGUCGGCCUAUGUCCACCACAAGCAGGUCAAGGCUGCGCUCGGUGUCAAGAUCUCGGCUCCCGGUCUCGAGAAGGCCAUUGCCGGUGCCCGCAUGUUCGUCGCCAACAACUCGGACGAGGAGGAGUACUACAAGGACUUGGCCAUGGACGACCUUACCUCGCUCGACAAGUUUGUGCAGAAGUCUGGCCGUGGUGUCUACGUCCAGGCGUCGACUCUUGGUUCGCUCGAGGCCUUGCUCGUCUUCCUCAAGGACAUGAAGAUCCCCGUGUUCGAGUUUGGCCUUGGUCCCGUGUACAAGAGCGCAGUUAUCCGCUCGAGCUUGAUGUUGGAUCGAGCACCAGAGUACGCUGUCAUGCUCUGUUUCGACGUGCCAGUCACCUUUGAGGCCGAGGAGGCUGCCAAGCGUGACGGUGUCAAGAUCUUCUCAGCCAUGAUCAUCUACCACCUGUUCGACGCGUUCAAGAAGCACAUGGAGGAGGUGACAGAAGCGCGCAAGAAGGAGGCUGCGCCCAACGCCGUUUGGCCCGUCAAGCUCAAGAUCAUCAAGCCUUUCGCGUCCAAGGACCCUAUCAUCCUUGGCUGUGACAUUGUCGACGGUGCCACUGCUCGUGUCGGCACACCUGUCGGUGUUGUUCGCUACGACAAGGAGAAGGGCACGCGCGAGAUCAUCCCUCUGGGCAAGAUUACCGGCCUCGAGAUCAACCACAAGCCGAUGCAGGUCGUCAAGCGCAGCCAGGUCGGUGCCGGUGUCGCCGUCAAGAUUGAGCGUGCCGCGUACCAGGCCGCAAGGGCGUUCGGCCGCCACUUUGACGAGAAGGACGAGGUCGUGUCGCUCAUCACGCGCCAGUCGCUUGAUGUCUUGAAAAACACGUUCCGUGACCAGGUCGAGCUGUCCGACUGGGCUCUGUUGAAGAAGAUGAAGAUUGAGCAGGGCGUCCAAUAAACGGUUGGGCCACGACUAGGCAUAGGAUGGCUGCGGGAACCCACGCUGCUUGUCCCGGCGACGGUGUAUCGCCGCAUCUAUUCGCAUUGAUUACAGUUUUGAUAUGCAUUGGGUAACACGAGAGGGUAAGAGGGCGAAGCGGCGUGCAGUUAGUUAGCAGAGCAGCAGGUCGACCAAUUCCAAGAGCCACAGGCCAUCAACUCAACCUCCAUGUCCAUUACCUCGAUGCAU